UGAAACCAGAGUCCUUCAGAAUAAAACAAAAACCCAGAUCGUGACAACCACAUGUUCUGAGGGUUCUGCUGAGUUUUUAGUGAGUUCGUUCUGUGGAAUAAGAUUCAGCACCUUGAAUUCAUGCUUAAUCUCAAACACAUCUUGGCUCACACCUGUUAUCAUAGCUGGUGGUGCCUGCUUCAGUUGGGCCUGGACGGUCCACAUCCCCUGCGAGAGCUGAGCUGAGUCCAACCACUGCGUCCUAUAAGUGUGUACGCCGUGGACUCCACAAACCCACCAUUCUAGGAUGCGGCCCAGGAAACACUGGCGGAUGGGUCAAAGCUUCUAAUCCUCACUGUUUAGGGAUCGCUGCAGCCUAUUAUUCCUCAAUCAUUCAUUAGUUCCAAAUGUGUUGCAUCACAGAAAUAUGGCUCCCGUUUAUCAACCACAACCUCAAGCACCGGUCACACUCCGGCAGAUGACAUUCAGCCCUCCUUGUGAGGGCUGCAAACAGAAGCAGCGUCUUUAGAGGUUAAACAGAGAAGAACGUAUUGGACCGUUGCAGUGGAACCAAUGUGACCCAGAAUCUGCAUCACCGCCUCUUGUUGAGUAACAAUGGAAACAAGGUGGCAGAGCAGGAGAGAAUACAGAAGUGUGAGGUUGGUGGUGGGAGGUGGAGCUGGCAGUCUCUCUCUCUCUCUCUCUCUCUCUCGCAGUUCAGCAGCGGGAAACUUGCAGCAGAAACGCAAACUGCCACCUGCGAUGCUCCGUGCUGCUUCUCCCUUUCUGAGCCUCCUCCCUCCUCCUCCUCAGCUCCACGCGUUCUCGCUCUCCAAUGUGAGUUUCGUUCGAGGUGCUGCUCCGUGCGCGCCGUCAUGGCUUAUUCUCAGGGCUUCCUCUUCCAGCCGUCCGUCUCUCUGGCUCUGCCCUCCUGUCCGCCCUUCAGCUCGGGGCUCAUCUUAGGUCCGAGGACGGAGGAGCUCGUCCGGUCCUCUUCGGGCUCCGCCUUCGCUCCGUACUCGGGUUCAGCGACCUCUGCGGGAUUCAACUCCCACCUCCCGUACGGUGGCGAGCCCCGGGCCGCCGCCACCCUCAACUCUUUAGUGAGUCCAGGAUACGAGCCGUCCUCCGGUGCCCUGGACUACCACACGUUCGGGACCCUGGGGCCCUACGCCUACGGAGACCCCGCCUACAGAAAAAACGCCACGCGGGACGCCACGGCCACGCUGAAGGCCUGGCUCGGCGAGCACCGGAAGAACCCGUAUCCCACCAAAGGGGAGAAGAUCAUGCUCGCGAUCAUCACCAAGAUGACCCUGACCCAGGUGUCCACCUGGUUCGCCAACGCCCGCAGGAGGCUGAAGAAGGAGAACAAGAUGACGUGGACGCCCAGGAACCGCAGCGAGGACGAGGAGGAGGAAGACAACAACGACCUGGAGAGGAACGACGAGGAUGAGGAGCUGAUGAAGACGAACAACGACGAGCUGGAGACAAGCAGCGAGGCCGGCCGUGGUCGGACUUACAGAGGAGACAGCGGCAGCGACACCGACCCAGACUGUAAAGACUCGCGUGUCCUCCGCCCCGCCAGUACGGGGACGCUCCGGGUGUCAGAACCGGAGCUCACGUUGAGCCCCGCGGAGCGCAGAGACGCCUGCGCCUCCACCCAGGGCUCCAACCCAGCCCCCAAACCCAAACUGUGGUCCCUGGCAGAGAUCGCCACCUCCUCGGACAAAAGCAAAGGAUCUAACGACUGUUUACCCGACGGGGGGAACCAUGUGACGUCCAUGUCCCGGAUCCCGUUCCCCCGACAUCUUUACUACACCCCCCCCUUUCUCCCGGGUUACUCCAACUGCGGCCCCCUCGGGCCGCUGCACGGCAGCCCCGGUCCGCUCGUCAACGGAACCCAGCCAGCGCUCGCCUGCAGACUGCGGAGUCAGAACCAGGACUUACACCGCCUGGCCACGACCGACGUGUGAAGCAUUCAGUCCAAGGCUGUGUUUUCCAUGUCCAUAUGAAAAUACCCUUUGUAGUGCUUUAAUGCACAAAACAUUAAAACAUAGUUUUAUUAUGACAAAUGACACGCUGCAGUUUUUCAGUGGGAAUCAGGCACCGCAGCCCCGUGCCUGAUGCUGGAUGGUGAACAGGGGCGACUGCAGGUAAAAACCAAGGUUUGAACUUCAGACAUCAGCAGGAGUAAAGGUGCAACAAGCCGCAGCGGGUGUUGGAACUCCUGAUUGAGUGUACUGUAUAAGCUGCUUCUGAACAUCAGAACCAACCAGUAAAACUGGACACAGCUGAUCACACACGCUGUGUGGCAACAACAGGCAGCAUCAGCAGAAGGAUGGCAGAUUAUUCAAAUGAAUAAGAAUGGAUCAAAUGGCUCCUGUGGAAACUUGAUUCAUUUCAACAAAAACGAACUCCAGCUUCAAAUAAUAAAUCCUAUCAUUCUACUCUAAUACUGACUACACAAGCUGGUAAAUGUGCAGAAAGAGGCUUACAGGCUCCAGCUGCUGAGUGAGUCACAGCCAAUGGUCGCUGUCGCCAUGUGGGAACCUCCUGGAUCAAACUGCUGAGGUCAGAGCAGUGACUCUGUUGGACUGGAUCAGAGACUGCGGUCCGCUUAAUCGUUUAAUCAGAACCUGCUGUUUCUGCUGAGCUCUGGACAGUUUUGCUGUAACUGAGAAGAGCUGAUAUGAGUGUCAUCAGUUCAACGCAGGGAUGAGACUCGUGUGAGUAUUGUACCAACACUGAGUUGCUGUCAUGUAAAUAUCAAGCAAGGAAUGUUGUGGCCAAAAACACUUUGGCAUCAAGUCCUGAAACAAAACCCACAAUUUUAUUGUAGGAUAAUUGAAUUUUCUUUAGAAUUUUACAUUAACAAUACUUUAUUUUAACUCUAUUAAAGUUUAGAAGAAGUAAUGAGAUUACAAACGAUACAGCAGACUUAAAUUGGAUGAACUUUCAACUCCUCUGUAUACAGGUAAAUUAAAGAUGUCUACUUUUUAUACUGUAAAAUAUUUGGAGGAUUUCUCUGAAUUUAAUUUAAACUCUGCCUGGACAAGUGCAUUUCAGUUAAACACACAAUAAAAUAGCCACAUGUCAAAUGUCUGUUUCCUUCCAUCAUCUUUAAAAUGAGACGGAAAACUGAGCGGAGGAUUUGAUUGUGUCUGCCAGAGAAAUGACAGCAGCUCCUCAUCGAACCCAUAAAAUGUCCAAAAAGAGAAGGUUUGAAAGCGUGAUGAAUAAAUCAUGAGCUCCGCUGAUGGUUUGUUCAGACACCGCCCGUUGCCGCUGGUCAGUCCUGCACGUUGCCCACCUGGUCAGAUGUGCUGCUUCAGACCUCCUGUCUCCCUGGACCUGAACAGCCAGCGACCAGCUGAUGGCCAGCAUGUCCCAUGACUGGCAGGUGUCAGCCUGAACUCCACCUACCCCUUAAAUAUGUAUGCAUCGUACUGGUCCCAGUGGACCCCAACGCACAGGCACUGGGACUCAACCAGUUUGCUAAUCUGUCCAGUUUGACAGAGCUACAGUACUCUCUUAUUCUACAUUACAGAAUAAGAGAGUUUUUAAAGUAUUACAGCUCGAGGCUGCUUUGCCUGCAGCGCCCUCCACUGCUCCACCAGUGUCAUCAUAACCACCUCUGUUACAAACCGAGUCACAAACAAACAUCUGCUGCUGCCGACACUGAUCAACAAUAUCAGGUAAAAUGUGGAAACAUGCACGUAGGCAGUCGAAUGGAGGUGUGAAUGAAACUGGUGCUGAGCUUCCUCCUUGUCUGGAGCUGAGAGGCAGAUGGUGCCAUUUGUUUGCAGUCAUACCUCCAGUGACCCUUACUGUUGACUAUCACACAGCAGGAAGCUGCUCCAUGUGUCUGAUGAGGCAACACCCCGUUAGCCUAGCCACCGCUAACCUACAUGCACACUCACAUCCUGUUACAAGCAUCUGUCACUGCAGUAGUGCCGAGAUGGGUCCAUCUGGUUCCGUUCUCCAACAUGUUCUGGUUACUGCAACAGGAAGAUUUACCAAAAACCAAAACAACUGAUGUAACUUAUUGGACAGUUCAGUGGAGUGAAGAAGCUUUAGCUGUAAAUUUUAAGGUACAUAACCAUUUCAUGUUACUUUUACUUCCCCUGACAUGUGUCUGACAGUUUUAGUUACUGAUGCAGGUUGGUAAACAGUAAAUGCUGAUGUGUGGAGCAUGAAGCAGCAACGUAAAGCUCCAUGACUACACCAGUAACGAUAAUGUGUCAGUAAUAUCGGUCAUUAUUCUACGUCUUAGAAUAAUACUAGAGUACUUUCAGUUUAUUUUUAAGAAUAUGAAUGCACCUAGCAGCAGGUCACAAUAAAAGAAACAAGAGCACUAUAUAAUAAUUAGAAAAUGCAAAAUAUAUACGGCCCACAUUCUCAUUGCAGUUUGGAAAAAACAAACCAUCAUUCAAUUUGAUGUGAGAUGAAUGACAACAGACUCUGGAUCUGCUUUAUGCAUUUGGUCCACCUGCGACUCUUGCUUCUUCUGUUUGUUUGAUUGGUUCCCAGAGCCUGAAGAAAGGCGCCCUGCCGGGCAAGAGCAGGCGGCUGUGCCUCAAUCUCCACCUGAGUCUGUCAAAGACCUGCUGGGACUAAGAUCCAGACUGAGACAGGAGCGGCUGCUUCAGAUCAAACAUUCCUCUGAAGCUUCAGCUGUCACCUCUGCUGGGAGUGCCCACACCCCAGCACACUACAGGCCUGCAGGUCAGCGUGGAUCAGCACCAUCAGAACCCUGAUUGUUAUUGGGGACUUAAAUCUUUAAAGCUGAAACCUGCAUUGACCUAUAAGCCAGAAUGUUUUUAUUUUAUCAGUAUGGAGGAGUUAUAAGUCGACCACAGCAGCGAAUCUCAUGAGGUUUGGGUCAUAAAAUUUAAUUCUUCCUCUAAUCUGAAACAUUUUUAACCUCGGGCAUGUUUGUAACAAUGCCAAUGUAUUCUUUUAGUAGCUAAAGUAAAUAUCUACACAAACAUUUUUGUACUUAACACUAACUAUAUUUUAGUACAUACUGUAAAGUCAACUUGGGAUUUUUACUGUGACACUAACUACAUCAAGCUGCUUAUGUCUGUAUUUACAUUUUCAAUGGUUUUUCUAUUAUAUGAUACAUCCAGUUUUCUGCCUCACCUGUAAAAUGAAGACCCCCUUUCAUCACAUCAUGCUGACCUGGGACAGUGAUUGGCUGUGACACAGAUGCUUACAUACAAACCUUCGACUUCAAGCAGCUUGUUUGUGGAGCUGAGCAAAUUCUCCACAGAUUUGGUCCUGUACACCUGGCUGUGGGAAUCAGAAAAAUCAGAAAAGGGAAGCAUCAGAUUUGGCUGAUUCCAAGAUCAGACUUACACACUACUGUUCACUGUUUGAACUAGUUUACUCAGUGGAUGGUUACUAUGCACUACUGACAUGUUCAUUAUAUUUACCUUUAACCAAUAUUGGUAACCUUGAUUCAAUAAGUCUUAUUAAGUCUUAUUAGUUAUGUUGGUGUCAGAAGCGGGAAAAACAGGGAUAAAGCCUGAGAGUUGGUCCCUAAUGUUAAUAAUUAAAUACAUCUGCUUAUGUGAUAUUGUGCCUAUAAUGGUGAGUCACAGAGCAUCGCAUACUUUAUACAAUGGAUUUACGAAAACUACUCAAUAAAGGACUGGGCUCAGGUGAAACUGACUGGAAAAAUAGAAAGAAGCUUCUCCCUUCAUUAGCAAACAUUUACAAUAAAAAUACACCAGCGGCACUCAUACAAUGAAUUAAUAGUCUGUGAACCUAAUGUUAGAGAUGCUUUGAACGCUCCAC